AUGGUUGCUCAAGUUUCUUCCGCUGCUGAUUUCGAAAAGGCUCUAUCCGACGACAAGUUGGUCGUUGUCGACUUCUUUGCUACCUGGUGUGGUCCAUGCAAGAUGAUUGCUCCAAUGAUCGAAAAGUUCGCUACUGAAUAUGCCGGUAAGGCCACUUUCUACAAGGUUGAUGUUGACGAAGUGCCAGAUGUCGCCAAGAACAACGAUAUUUCUGCCAUGCCAACUUUGGUGUUCUUCAAGGGUGGCAAGGAGGUUGCCAGAGUGCUAGGUGCCAACUUGGCUGCCAUCAAGCAAAACAUCGCCUCCAACAUCUAA